UUUUUUUUUGGUCCCCCUCCCCUUCCUCUCCUUUUCUUUUUACCAAAGUAUAUUCAUCAAACUGCUGAGUUGGAAAGAUCUGUAAUGAGUUUUUGAGCUGUAUGACUGUGUUUUUUUUCUCUCCCCCCUUCGUCUUUCUAAAUCUUCAUCUGACAUUAAAUAAAGCAAAUCCCAAACAGAUUAACUGUCGUACGGUUCUGCUCCGUCUCCUCAGUCUGUUCCCAGGUCUGGCUUGGGGCCGGGCGGCGGCGGCGGCGGCGGGAGAUGCCUGGGCGGCCAGCAGAGGUCCAUGUGGCGCGCUAGGUGGGAUCCCGGCGUCCUGAAGGCAGAGGCCCUGGCCCUCCUGCCCUGCGGCCUGGGCAUGGCGUUCUCCCAGUCGCACGUGAUAGCCGCUCGGAGGCACCCACACAGCCGGCUCAUCAUUGAAGUGGACGAGUACAGCUCCAACCCCACCCAGGCCUUUACCUUCUACAACAUCAACCAGGGCCGCUUCCAGCCACCGCACGUGCAGAUGGUGGACCCCGUGCCUCACGAUGCCCCCAAGCCGCCCGGCUACACCCGCUUCGUCUGUGUGUCUGACACCCACUCGAGGACGGACCCCAUCCAGAUGCCCUACGGCGACGUGCUGAUCCACGCCGGGGACUUCACAGAGCUGGGGCUCCCCAGCGAGGUCAAGAAGUUCAACGAGUGGCUUGGUAGCCUGCCCUACGAGUACAAGAUCGUGAUUGCCGGCAACCAUGAGCUGACCUUCGACCAGGAGUUCAUGGCUGACCUCAUCAAGCAAGACUUUUACUACUUCCCGUCUGUGUCGAAGCUGAAGCCGGAGAACUAUGAGAACGUGCAGUCCCUGCUGACCAACUGUAUCUACCUGCAGGACUCGGAGGUCACUGUGCGGGGCUUCCGGAUCUACGGCUCGCCGUGGCAGCCCUGGUUUUAUGGCUGGGGCUUUAACCUGCCUCGAGGCCAAGCACUGCUAGAGAAAUGGAACCUCAUUCCCGAAGGCGUAGACAUCCUGAUAACCCAUGGACCACCACUGGGCUUCCUGGACUGGGUCCCCAAGAAGAUGCAGCGGGUGGGCUGCGUGGAGCUGCUCAACACGGUGCAGAGGCGCGUCCAGCCGCGGCUGCAUGUCUUUGGCCACAUCCACGAAGGGUACGGUGUCAUGGCGGAUGGGACGACCACCUAUGUGAACGCGUCUGUGUGCACCGUGAACUACCAGCCUGUGAAUCCGCCCAUAGUCAUUGACCUCCCCACACCCCGGAACUCCUGACUGCCCCUGCUGUCUCAGCCCUUCCUGCCCACAUCAGCUCCAUAUGCCUGGCCAAGAGCACGGACCCCCAACCACCCUUCCUUCCAUGCAGACAACCCGUCUGGCCGUGGGGAGCAGUCCAGCAGAUGGGUUGAGGCUUUGGAAUGAAGAAAAUCUCCCCUGACUCUUCAGCCUCCGUCACCUGGAGUCAGGACCCUGUGGGUCCCUGUUAGGGGUUCUGUGCUCAUUACCGUUUUCUGCGUGUACAUUUCCGCGUGUACCUUGUCAAAGGGCCUAACAAGCUUGCGGUCCUGUCCUGCUUGGGAAUGGACGGACUCUUCAUCCUUCUCAGUUGGACACCCUCGUGGGUUUGGGAAGCCGCGGCUCCUGGACGCACUUUGGAAGUUCUCACACAAAAUCUCCCUCUGACUGAGGGUCUGUAUGGCUGCAAGCCCCAGGGUUGGGGGGGGGGGGAUGUUUUAGAGCCCAGGUGUAAGUAGCCCGCCACCUCCCCCCGGGGUUGGGGAGACAGGGCUGCUUCACGGCUGAGGCCCUCGAGGGAGCAAUCAGGGACGUCUCAGGAAUUCGGACCGCACCUGGCCAGGCCAACAGGCUGUCUGCCUCGCCUCGUGACCCUGCUUUCUUCCUGUGGGCAUGGUGGCCGCCUUGAACAAUGGCCUAAGCAACCCGGCUGCUUGCUCAGGGCCUGGAUCCGGGAGACUGGUUCCACAGAACGAGCCAUGUGAGGGCCCAGGACCAGCCGGGAGGUUCCUGAGUCACGGAUGGCCCCUGUUCCUGCGGGGGCUUCGCAGCUCUGCAGAACUCGGGAGGCUGGAGGGGCUGCAGACCGAGGCCACCCUGCCACGUGGAUGCGCCCGUGUGCGCGUGCACGCCCCUACACACACACAACGUCCUUCUUAACUUAAUGAAGUGGACCCAUGUUUCUCCCUACUGUCCUCCAAUGGGGUUCCAUCCCUCAGUGCGGUUUCCUGCGCACCAUUUGGAUUCUGUCUGGUGGGCCCACAGCCGAAGGGGCUGAGUGGUUCCUGGUCCUUGCCAGUCUGUCCCGUUAACGGGAGGG